CCGGCGGUGCCGACCUUUUUUGCUGGCACACUGCAGCGUCUCACACAGUCGCUGCAUUAUUUACCGUCCUGGGUCCUGACCUGUACCCGCCCCAGUCCUCUGUCUCUCCACUCUCUCCUUCCCAGGGUUUUGUUUCGACCUUCCGCCGUAGUUGCUAAUCGGAUUGUGAAGUUGCCGGUCGUCUAGUUGUCCGCGAUGGCCCAGAACCUGCUCCGCUGGGUGUCGGACACGGUGGAUACGUUCAAGGACCGCGCCAAGGACACCAUCGACGUGCACCUGCCCAACGGCACGGCCACCGACCCCAACAGGAAGCCCAAGGACAUCCGACCGCUGCGCUACAUCGAUCUGCUGCCCAGUAAUGGUGACGGCUACCCGGAGACCAAGGAAUUUCUGCAGAGCGUGGUCGACAUCCUGUACGACUUCAUCCAGAAGACGUUCGACCGCAACGAGAAGGUGAUCGACUUCCACCACCCGGAGGAGCUGAGGCGGCUGCUGGACCUGCGCAUCCCGGAGCAGGGCGUCACCAUCGAGCAGCUGCUGCAGGACUGCAGCCAGACGCUCAAGUACCAGGUCAAAACAGGUCACCCGCGGUACAUGAACCAGCUGUCCACCGGUCUGGAGGUGGUCUCCCUAGCCGGGGAGUGGCUGACGGCCACCGCCAACACCAACAUGUUCACCUACGAGAUCGCGCCCGUCUUCAUCCUGAUGGAGGCCGAGACCAUGCAGAAGAUGAGGGAGAUCAUCGGCUGGCGCGACCACGGCGACAGCAUACUCUGCCCCGGCGGCACGAUAUCGAACCUGUACGCCGCACUGGUGGCUCGACACAAGAUGUUCCCCAAUGUCAAGGCCCAGGGUCUGUACGGCCUGCCGGCGCCCCUGGUCAUGUUCACAUCUGAAUACAGCCACUACUCGAUCAUGACGGCGGGCGCAGUGAUCGGUCUGGGAACGGACCACGUCUGGGAGGUGCCCUGCGACAAACGCGGACGGAUGGACACCACCAAACUGGAAGCCAGGAUUUUGGAGGCGAAGCAGAAGGGCAUGAUCCCGUUCUUCGUCAACUGCACGGCCGGCAGCACAGUGGUGGGCGCCUACGACCCGAUCCACGCCAUCGCUGACAUCUGCAAACGCUACAAAGUGUGGAUGCACGUCGACGCAGCCUGGGGCGGCGGCGCCCUGCUCUCACCAAAGCUGAAGGCCCGCCUGUUCGCCGGCAUUGAGCGCGCCGACUCUGUCACGUGGAACCCACACAAGCAGAUGGGUGUGCUUUUGCAAUGUUCGACCAUCCACAUCAGGGAGGACGGCCUACUGAUGAACUGCAACAAGAUGUGCGCCGAGUACCUGUUCCAGCAGGACAAACACUACGACACCAGUUUCGACACGGGCGACAAGGUCAUCCAGUGCGGCCGCCACAACGACAUCUUCAAGCUCUGGCUUCUCUGGCGCGCCAAGGGAGAUAGCGGGUUCGCGCGCCACGUCGAGUACCUCUGGGACGUGACCGACUUCAUGGUUCAGGAGAUCAAGCGGCGCGGCGACCGGUUCUACCUGAUCUGGGAGGAGCCCGAGUGUCUGAACGUGUGCUUCUGGUACGUGCCGGCCCGACUGCGCCAGACGCCGCACGACGCCAACCGGGAGGAGGAGCUGGGAAAGCUGUGCCCGACAAUCAAAGCUCGAAUGAUGGAGCACGGCACACUGAUGGUGUGCUACCAGCCUCUGCGCACCACCUCCACCCAGAGACCCAACUUCUUCCGCAACAUCAUCAACAACCAGGCCGUCACACGCGACGACAUCCGCUUCAUGCUCGACGAGAUCGAGCGACUCGGUAACGACCUGUAGACAACGCUUCCCACAGCGGCCGCCAGAGGCGCUGUGCACCACCCGACAGAUAGCAGGAGCGGCGGGCAGCCGCUGAAACCUGCCGUCGCCGGAGAGAAUGAAUGAAUUCGGAGCGAGUUUAUUUACGGAUGUAUUUCUUGUUUGUGGGAAAUCAGGGUAGGAUGUAUGUGUUGUGGGAUGACGCGGAGAUGGCCGUUCAAGCAGGGUUUCUGACGACGAGAGCGAAGUGAUACGUAUGACGUUUAUCAACAUCGUUUAUUGCCGUGUUAAUGUUAGACACAUCGUGAUGUUAAUGUUUGUGCUGACGACGGAGCAAGGUGGCCUGUCCAGGGCACUUUGUGCGGCGCGAGUAUCAUCAGAGGCUGGUCGAUCUAUCGAUAUUUAUCAACGUGCUGUUGUUCGUGUAGAUUGAUGUGCAAUGUGAUCGUUGUGCUUAUUAUCAAAACGCUACGUUUAUCACAGUUAUACCAGAGCCAAGUUAACGUUAUUUACGAAAGUUGAAGACAAAGGCUUAUUUGAAUUUCACAUAUCCUUCUGAGAGUUGUGAGCGCGAAUGCUUGUUGAACAUGAUAUCAGAAAUUACUUGCAGCGAAUGUGAUAUAGGUGCUAACCUAGUUUCCCGUUGAACAUAUGUGAUGCGCACGCAGCUUGUCGUUCCCGUUAAAGGUGGUGUCACGGACCUGUCUCUCGACACUGCUGAGCGUGAGAGGGCGAUUUCUGUGUUGGAUGUUUGGCAACCCUUGAUACGUGCUCAAACUCGAUGCGCGGCCCCAUCUGGUGGGGUCCACAAACCCACCAGCCCCGGUUACACCCUCGUCUUCCCAAUCCUCGGUUGGCACGGUCUUUUUGUGCCCGGAAAACACACUAUCCUCGAUCAACAAACAAUGUAUAGGACGGGCCUUCUCGCUUAAACUCAAUGGACUCUAACUCGUCUGUGUCGGUGCAGGGCUUAUACCGAUAAUUUAUUCCACCGUCUAGCACUGCAACAGUUUCACCAUGAAAUUGUAAUUAUAAAAGCACAUUGUUACAUGGAUAAUUGAUUUGCCAGUUGCCAUCCAUUAAGGACUUAAAUUAUGCAUGGUUAUUAUAUGGAUGCCUUCCAGAAGUCAGUAGCACUUUUGUCUUCCAAAAUUCUUCCUUGGCCGAUCUAAAUUAGUGGGCAUUUCAGCUAUGAUGUGUAACAUAACACAUUCCUGACCUUUGAUGUACUGUUGUCUGGGGCCACUGUGUAUUAUACGCACUGUUGUCUGCACUGCUGUUCUUUGCGCUAUCAUCUGUUGUCUGCAUCCUGUCUGCUCCAUCGCCCAUGUCGUGUUGUCAGCUGUCUGGCUGGGCGCUGUCUGUCUGUUGUCGCUGUCUGCUGUCUGAUGUCCCUGUCGGCUGUCUGCUACUAUAAGCUGCUUGCAUUGCAUCAAUUAUCUUCUACUGAUCUUUAUCUGAAAACGAGGGCUUCAGGCCAUCAUUCUAAUUCUUCCCGUCAAUAUCUGGCCGUUUGCAUUCACCGUCUCUCACAGCAGCCGCCUCCUUCUCUUACACUGCACUGGCCUGGGUCAGUCAUUGUCACUCCUCUCCUAGAGCAGCGCCCUUCAUUCACUUCUGCUGCACUGCGCUGCCUCAAAGUUCUCGCCGGUUUCACUUCCUCAUGACCGGCCCUUCGCUGCACGCUUCUUAUACUCGCCGGCCCCUAUUGGGCACGAAUCUCACCAGCUCGGUGGUCCCUUCUGUGGCCGUCGUGGAGCUGUCCGGAGCUGUAGCUGGCUUUACAUGUAUCAAUGUUAUGUGCCCGCGCUUGCCAGUAAGCUUCGGGCCGUCAUUCUGACUGUUUUGGGUCCGAAUGGGAUGGGAUUCCUGUGGGGACUUUGUUUAGGGGUAAUUUUUGUAUGGUUGAUGCCGAUGGUGAUGGGCGUUCGAGAGGUGUUUGCAUAAUGCACAUGUAAUUAUUGUAAGAAUGUGUGUGUUUGUACGGGUGCGUUUGUUUUCACAGCAAUGUUUCCGACGUUCUUGAGUUGGUACCGAAUUGUUGCAAGCUCUUCUAGUGCUGGUGCUAUAACUAGUGAUAGUCUGAACAGCGGAGCAAGGCAUGUUGUACAUAUAGAAAUGUGUGAAUGGGCCGACGAUUGGCGGAUGGUGUUGACACUUAAAUGCUUUUUAAACGGGAUGUUGUGAUCCGGAGGGUUUGCUUUUGCUUCAUUUUUGUAAAGUUGCACUCAGAUGUUCUUCCAAAGGAUGAUCUGACCGGGAACUUUUGGUUUGAACUUUUUUACUUGAAGCGCUUUAUUUCGAAUAAGUGUGUUCUGACGUAAGCACGUUGUGUCCCGGUCUGUAUUGUAUAUCGAUGUAGCGUCGUCCCCGAGGUGGACCCCGUUUCCAGCUGACCUGACAUGCCGUAGGGCGGGUCAGUCGCUUCCUUUAUGCACGCUGCGGCCAAGCGCCACUCACAGUUCGACUCAGUUCUGCCGGUAGUGGACGCAUGCCGUUUUGUUCCUGCACUGCAUGCCGCACAAUACUGCACUCAGCACUCGGUGUAUUGGUAGCAUUGGGGACCGUGGCUGGGUAAAGCAGCGCUGACAUGCCAGUGAAUGGUCGGAAAUUCGUUUACGUCACAAGACGGCUCACUUCUCAAUUGCUUCUGCCUUAAGCAUGAUUAUCAUGCUACUGAAGGUUAUCCAAAUUACGUAUAUAUGACGAUUAUGCUAUGGAAAGCCCCAUAGUGACCAUCCGAUCCUUUGCGGCAUGUUCAGCGUUGCUUUAGCUGCCAGUAUCUAUGCAUUGUUUGUGUGUAGCAUCUCGAGCCACAUCGCACAAUGGCACGACACAAAAGCACCGUCACAGCACGCCAAACCGGGAUGGGCCAGAUGUUCCCUCCCACGUGGACCGAUCCUGACUACACCUUAUCGAGCACCUCACUUCAAAUAAAAUCACCGCACCGCAUCAGCACUUUAGACAAAUGACUGACCUUUGACAGUCGCUCUCAAACGGCUGUCGAAAGCUGGAGGAGAAUUAAGUCUUCCAAACGGUAUCUUCCAUGAGAAAACUAUGUCUUCCAAAGCGGUGUUCCUGGUUAUUCAUGUGUGACGUUGCCAUUAAACGAUGUGCUUCCCAUGAUGCUGGUCCGACCAUUGCGACCCCGCAAUAUAUAGCUUGUAUCAUGUGUGCAUAAGUGUGCCGCCUUUUGGCGAGAAGAACCGAAGUUUACAUUCGGGGCAAUAAGAUCCAAGUCUUCCAAGCUAGGAUAAGUGUUGGGCGCUAGGGUGCCGCCCAAUGAGUCUGAGGUAGAGAGAUAUCAGAUGUGUGAGUGAAAAUUGCGUUAUGAUGAGUGUGCUGUCAUGAUAUAUGUGCUGAUGUGCAAUUCUACAUGCUAUGGGCGUUGGUUUGUUCUGGCGCCAAGAAGGUAUCGAUGGUAGAAAACAGCGAUCUCAAACGGUUGACAUAUUCCGAUUCGACUAAUAUAGCCCGUUUAGGGUUGGCCUUCGUUCCAGCUUGCCAAUAAUAUAAUUUAUCUUGCAAAAAAGUUAUGUAAAAAGGUGACAGCAUUGCAUUGAUUGAAACCAUAGCACAAGAUGACUUAUACCUAUUGCUAAGUACCUAAUAGCGGACAAUCGUUAUGUGCGCGCGUGUGUGGACAAAGCGUUUCCCUAUGACCAGGGACGCGUUGUAAUCCAGCUUGUCAGCUUGUCUGUGAACGUGAGGAGCGAGCGGCUGCUUCAUUUGCUUUAGUGAUCUCAUGAGAGAGUGCGAUGCAUGAAACACUGUUCGUCGUUAUGCUUUCGAUAACGCAAGCUAGCGUUACGAAAGCUGUGUUGCUCGUUGUUAGCAGGGCGGUUAAUAUUUUCAUUGUAUUCAGGACGAAUAUAGCUUGCACACCUAUGUUUCAUAAUCGCUGUAACCGUAAAUGUGAGAGCCGUUUUUAAUCAACCAUUCACUUUAGACGUUUGAAUGGUUAUCAUCAGUGUCACUAUGUCUGCCUAAAAACGUCCGUAUUUGUUUUGUGGUAGUCAUACAUUGGACGCCGCUGUCAUUUGUCCGUACCGGACUCGUGCGCUCCUUCCGCGGACUUGUGCAGCCCGGACGGGACUCCCUGCUUCUUCUGUUGCCGAGCUGUGUCCAUCGAUGUGUAGAGCUGAGUGUUGUGCCCGAACCGCCGAGCGGCGACGACAGCGUCACGAACCGUGUCGUGACGCCCUGUGACGUCACCGCCCACCUGGGAGUGACGUCACAGCGGCGUCACGACAGAGCGUGAGCCCCGGCCCCGCUCUGUGACGCUAUGUCAGCGUGCACUUACGUGCAUCGUGUAGGCGGGCAAUAAAUAUACGAAAA